UACACGCAACAUUCAUCAUCUCUUUCAACAGUUGCACUAGAGUUACAGGUUUAGGAGAACGAGGAGACAGAGCUCAGAGAUGGACAUCUGGAGUUGCAUACUACUAGGUCUAAUGGUUGCAUGGAUCUCAAUUUACACUCUCUAUUAUUCACUUGGAAGAAGAUCAUCAGUUACCACAAGGCUCCCACCUGGACCAAACCCACUUCCCUUCAUUGGCAAUCUCUUAGAGCUUGGCAACAAACCCCAUAUCUCUCUCACCAAGCUUUCACAACGCUACGGCCCCAUAAUGGCCUUGCAACUCGGCCAAAUAACGACGGUGGUAAUUUCUUCAUCAACCGUCGCCAAAGAAGUCCUCCGAACCCACGACCAACUCUUCUGCAACCGAACCGUCCCAGAUGCGAUCCAGGCCUGUGACCAUGCUAAGUACAGCAUGCCCUGGAUACCGGUUUCAGCGGCAUGGAGAAACCUUCGAAAAAUAUGCAACUCGCAAUUGUUUGCCACCAAAGUUCUCGACGCCAACCAAGGCAACCGUCACCUAAAAGUUCAAGAGCUCAUAUCCGAGGUCAAAGAAAGCGUUUUAAAAGGUGAAGCCGUUGAUGUUAGAAGUGCUGCUUUCAAAACUACGCUCAACUUGAUGUCGCGUACCGUAUUCUCUGUGGAUUUGGCGGACCAGAAUAGUGAGACGGCUAGAGAGUAUAAGGAGUUGGUAUGGGGUAUUGUUGAAGAGAUUGGGAAGCCAAACUUGGCUGACUAUUUUCCUGUACUUAAGAAGAUCGAUCCCAUGGGAAUACGGCGUCGUCUGGCCAAUCACUUCCAGAAGAUGAUCGGCCUCUUUGACCGCAUGAUCACACAAAGGUUGGAGUCAAGAAAAUCACGUGAUUAUAUCACAACUAAAGAUAUGUUGGAUACACUUAUAAACUUCAGUGAAGAGAAAAGCGGGGACAUGGACAUGGCUGAAACUGAGCAUUUGUUUCUGGAUCUGUUUAGUGCAGCCACAGAUACAACUUCAGGCACAUUGGAGUGGGCAAUGGCUGAGCUACUCCGCAACCCAGAAAAACUAUCACAAGCACAAGCAGAGCUGAAGCAAAUCAUCGGCAAAGGAAAGCCAGUUAAGGAGUCACACAUUGCUGGACUCCCUUACUUACAAGCCAUAAUCAAAGAAACCUUCAGAUUGCACCCAGCCACUCCAUUUCUACUUCCUCGAAAAGCCGAAAUAGAUGUUGAAAUCUGCGGGUACAUUGUACCAAAGGGUGCACAAGUAUUGGUCAAUGCAUGGGCCAUAGGGAGAGACCCCAACAUUUGGGACGAUCCAAACUCGUUUAUGCCGGAGAGGUUUUUGGAUUCGGAAAUUGAUGUUUUAGGGGGAAACUUUGAUCUUAUUCCGUUUGGUGGUGGGAGGAGAAUAUGUCCUGGAUUGCCAUUGGCAAUGAGAAUGUUGAAUUUGAUGUUGGGCUCGCUUAUUAAUUCGUUUGAUGAUUGGAAGCUUGAAAAUGGAGUUGUAUCAGAGACCUUGAACAUGGAAGAGAAGUUUGGCAUCACCUUAAAGAAAGCUCAGCCUCUCAUAGCUGUGCCCAUGCUAUAUAAAAACCUAGCAUGAUUUUUACUUUACUCAAUAUUGUAUGUAUGGGAGUGCGCCUAUAGAACCAUACGUUGUUGAUAUUGGAAUAAGUUAAUAUUUAGUAGAAAAGAGAAUGUAAAUAUUUUGUAAUUACUAGAGUCUUGUUUUAGGAAAGGUAUUAUGUUCUUUAUUUGUUGCCUUUCUUGUAACUAGGGUUGUACAUAUCCUUUUAUUGAGAAUUAUGGAAUACACAGAAAUUAUCCCGUAAAAUUCUAUUUGGUAUCAA